AGCACCUCGCCCCGUCCUGCUCACCACAGCCAUGUCCCGAGCAGCUGCAGCACGGCUGGGAGAGCCUGAUGGCUCAGAAGAGGAGCUGGAAGUAGGGGCAGCACCGCGAGCAUGCUGCAGGCAGAAGAUGUGGAUUCCUAAGGGGAGGAAUGCAACCGCCUGCCUGGGGGACACCGAGGAGAUGAAGGUGAGGAAGAGGAGCAGGCCGGCACGCUCCAAGGCCAGGAGGAUGGCAGCCAACGUGCGGGAGCGCAAGAGGAUCCUGGAUUACAACCAAGCCUUCAACGCCCUGCGCCUGGCCCUCAAGCACGACCUCGGAGGCAAGAGGCUCUCCAAAAUCGCCACCCUCCGAAGAGCCAUCCACCGCAUCGCCGCUCUGUCCCUGUCCUUGCACUGCUGGCCCUGCACCCACUCUGAGUGCCGCAGGCAGGGCAUGCGGGACGGCCGCCUCGUGCCCCCCAGUGCUGUGGGUUACGGCUGCUAUCCUCCCGAGAGCCAACUCCAGUGCUAUGAGAGCCCGCAGGAGGAUCGCCCAGCAGCCAGCCCUGUGUUUUACCCCGUGGGGAGUCAGCAGAAGCACGCAAGCAACCCUCAAGCCCUCCCUCUUGCACCGCUCCCCUGGCAGCUGGGGGGGUUGCAGAGCUCUGGCUUCCAAUGCUUCCCCAUCCACUGA